CGGUGACCGUGACAGAACGAGUCGAUCGAAAAGGCAGGCGGUUUGGUGUGUGAGAGCUGCUGAUUUCUUUGAACCAGUGCAGUGCGAAAUCAUUCCUUAUUUUUCCGACGAUUGCUGUCCGAUUCUUCCGGCGUUUCGUUUUGUGAAGUGCGUUUUUUUCCGGAUCGGAGUGUACUGCCGAAAUCUGCCCGUUGGUGAAAAAUGCAGUGCAACAUUCGGCAUUUAGUGAAUCUGGCUGCCAAGGGCAAUGCCGCCGCUGGUUUGCGCAAUCACGGAGCCAUUCUGGGAGCGUUGUAUGGUCGGUUCUACUCGACGACACACGAUGCUGAUCUGGUGGUGAUCGGAUCCGGUCCCGGUGGAUAUGUCGCUUCCAUCAAGGCUGCCCAACUGGGAAUGAAGACUGUCUGCAUCGAGAAGAACGACACCCUCGGUGGAACCUGCCUGAACGUGGGCUGCAUCCCGUCGAAGGCCCUGUUGAACAACUCCCACUACUACCACAUGGCCCACUCGGGUGAUCUGGCCGCGCGUGGUAUCGUAGUGGAAAAUGUCCGCCUUGACCUGGACCUGCUUAUGGGCCAGAAAACACAGGCCGUCAAAUCGUUGACCGGUGGUAUCGCCCAAUUGUUCAAGAAGAACAAAGUCACCCACAUCAACGGUUUAGGCACGAUCACUGGACCGAACACGGUCGUGGCCAAGAAGGCCGACGGCAGCGAGGAGGUUGUAAACACGAAGAACAUCAUGAUUGCGACCGGAUCGGAAGUCACCCCAUUCCCGGGCAUUGAGAUCGACGAAGAAUCAAUUGUUUCGUCUACCGGGGCUCUCAAGCUGAAGGCGGUUCCGAAACGCAUGGGAUUGAUCGGAGCCGGUGUUAUUGGUUUGGAGUUGGGUUCGGUUUGGAGUCGAUUGGGAUCUGAAGUGACCGCCAUUGAGUUCUUGAGCUCGAUCGGUGGAGCAGGCAUCGAUCAGGAAGUUUCCAAGACCUUCCAGAAGAUUCUUUUGAAGCAGGGCUUCAAAUUCUUGCUUGGAACGAAGGUAAUCAGUGCCUCGAAAUCCGGAAACGCCGUCACCGUCAGCGUUGAAAAUGUAAAAGAUGGAAGCAAGCAAGAUCUGGAAUUCGACGUUUUGUUGGUUUCUGUUGGCCGUCGCCCGUACACUGAGGGACUCGGUCUGGAAAACGUUGGCAUCGUCAAGGAUGAUCGAGGCCGUGUUCCGGUGAACAGUGUAUUCCAGACGAUUGUUCCAAGCAUCUACGCAAUCGGUGACUGUAUCCAUGGCCCUAUGCUGGCACACAAAGCAGAGGAUGAGGGUAUUGUGUGCGUGGAGGGUAUUCUAGGAGGACAUGUGCAUAUUGAUUACAACUGCGUCCCAAGUGUCGUUUAUACGCACCCGGAAGUCGCAUGGGUUGGCAAGAACGAGGAAGAACUGAAGAACGAAGGAGUUGCGUACAACGUUGGUAAAUUCCCAUUCAUGGCAAACUCUCGUGCCAAGACCAAUAACGAAACCGAUGGCUUCGUCAAAGUACUGGCCGAUAAGCAGACAGACCGCGUGCUUGGUGUGCAUAUUAUUGGACCGGCGGCUGGUGAGCUGAUCAAUGAAUCUGUCUUGGCCAUGGAAUACGGAGCGUCGGCUGAAGAUGUUGCCCGUGUUUGCCAUGCGCAUCCCACGUGUGCGGAAGCGCUACGAGAGGCCCAUACGGCUGCCACUUUUGGCAAGCCGAUCAACUUCUAAUAAGCUAAGUUUGUAUAAUAAAUAACGUCAAACGAAACACAGGAAACGACCAGUGGUCAUGAGGGUAUUUUCGGCGGCAAUCCCUCGUUGCGAGAUAUUGAAGUACAUAGCAAUUGGGCGAAUAUCAUUACAACUAGAAAAGUGACACCUCUACGUUAUAGUGCUGCUACGGUUCAUAAUGGUAAAACUGGACCAUCAGAGAAGCAGGUAAGAACCAGUUUCCAGAUACCUAAAUACUGCUAGACACUAUGAUGCAUCUCGAUCCUAAUGGAUACCCGAGCGAACGAGUAACAGCAAUUGAUUAUAAGUACUUUUUUGUAAGUGAAAAAAUAAACUUAUGAAGUUCAUUAAAUUAUUGUUUUAGAAACAAUCGAAAAACAAA